AUGCAGUCCUGUAAUAUCAAUGCUAUCAGGCAGAUCGCAAGUACCGCUGCGCACACCAACGCAGGGAACUCUGUUAUAUGUGGACCUGCAGUAAAACUAUUACUGCAGCAGUAUGACAUCAAUCGGGAAUUAGUGAAAGGCAGUGGACCUAAAAGUAACCUGCUGAAGAGUGAUGUACUAACCUAUAUCAAGCAUAAAGGUCUGAAACCAGUACCAAUCAAAUUUUCAAAUGUACCCGAAGUUUCCUCAGCUGCGAAGACUGAGAAGAAGGAUAGAACUGUAUUCGUUGGUUCCCGGAGAAAUGUGGAAAAGUUUGUGGACAUACCCUUAACAAAUAUUCGCUCCACGAUCGCUAAGCGUUUGUCUAUGUCUAAGCAAAUGAUUCCGCACGAGUAUCAAUCUAUCGAAGUCAAAUCAGAUGCUAUUCUUGCUCUACGCAAGAAACUGAAAUCAGAUGGUGUUGUUCUUUCACUUAAUGAUUUCAUCAUUAAAGCGGCUGGGCUCGCAUUACGCGCUGUACCAGAAAUUAACGUUAGAUGGAAUAAUAACCAAGUUGAGUACCUUCCAACUGUAGAUAUAUCUGUUGCUGUUGCAACUCCGACAGGUUUGAUAACUCCCAUUGUAACGAAUGCUGAUGUUCUCGGUGUACGGAAUAUUUCUCAUAAAGUGAAGGAGUUAUCAAACAGAGCCAGAGAAAACAAGCUACAGCCUCACGAAUUUCAAGGUGGAUCUUUCACGGUUUCCAACUUGGGAAUGUUCGGAAGUGUAAGCAACUUCACUGCUAUUAUUAAUCCUCCACAAGCUGCUAUUUUAACUAUCGGUGGAAACCGAACCGUUUUGAACAACGAUUUGAAAGCUGAGAGCAGGUUCACCGUAACACUUUGCUUCGAUGGCAGGGCCAUCAGCGAAACGUCAGCAGCUUCGUUCUUAACUCAUUUUUCUGCUGCUCUGUCCGACCCCGAUGUAAUGAUUGCUGAGCCAUUCAAACCCGAAUUAGAUUUCGAUUUUGCUAAACUUCUCUGA